UUAGAAUUAUGAGGAAUUUAUACAGUUGUACUGCUUUUUAAAGAAGAUGAGAAAAGAAAUGAUUCAGACACAAAGCCAGUGGUUUCACUUAACACUCAUCUAAUCGAGUACAAAGUUCAGGCACUGCCACAUCUACCACACCCACACUGACUCCUCCUAUACCUAGAAGUGUGUGGACCUUUACGUGUUUAUGACCUAUAUUUACAACAAGAGCAAACAAGUCAAGCAAACAACCUGUGACAAACUGUGAAACAAAAUUAAAUAGUCAACACCCCUUCUUAUCGGAUUGAUUUUUGUAAGGUUUAUGGUGUAAAAAUAUCAAAUGUCAUGUCAUGCAAUACAAAAAUGACAUGCUUUAACACAAUCACUCCACAUGCUUUUCAACUUUUAUCCUAAAGCUAAUAAUUAACAAUACAGCAGCCAGAGUUAAAAUGUAGCUGCUCCUAGAUUCCUUGUUUGAACAAAACCAGUCGCAGGGUGUGGUUUCAACUCACAAGCAAUGCAUAAGGAUCUGAGUUUCAUCUGGGUUACCUAUCACAGGGAACGCAAAUUAACACAACAAGAGGAAGCCACCUCUGGGGCAUAUGGGAGGAAAAACAAGCAGGUUUCCUUGAAGACAACACAGGUGUGGCCUAUCAGCUGUUGGCAUUCACAAUGGAAAGGUGGAGCCAUCAAGAGCUUAUAGGACAACUACACCUAACAGUCAUAAACCUGCACAGAUGAGUCUCUGUGACAGUGUGCAACAUUACUGGAGAAGAGUUAAGCAUCUGGAUCUCUACUGAGUUUCACUGGACAACAGUAACCCUGAGCAGACAGCUUUUCCAGGAGCAUCUUGAUACUAAACUGAGUGUUGUUGCAACAACUUCAUCACACCUUCAAAAUGCUGGCCAUAGUAGAGCAAUGGGUGGAGAGCUCUGGCUGUCACACCGACAACACAGAGAAGUAUCUCUUCCUUAUGGUUUUCAAGUUGGGACUGGAUGCAGCCAUCUUUUACCUUUGCUGCUGGAAGCUGCGUACAUCCUUUUUAAACAUGUGCAGCCUGUCCAUUAUCCUGGCUGACUUGGUGAUGGUAUCUUGUACGGCAGCUGUGUGGUUUCUUGGGGGUGAAAGGUCUCCUGUGUCAUCCUGUUUCAUUUUGGCUCAUAGCUCUGCAAUAUUUGGAGCACUGCCACUGCCCAUGAUUUGCCUGGGUUUAUUUGAUUACUGUAUAGAAGAUACCUGCAUUGGCAACAAGAGCGCCCUCUGCAAAUUCCUCAGGAACGUGGUCUUGACAUUGCUAGUGUGGACGCAAGCUGUUAUCUACUCCUUUGUUUCUGUGAAAGCUGAGGUGACUGUACUGGAUUAUGCGAGAGGGAUAAAGGCUGCGGUGUGUGUGGUAGAGGAAUCUUCACUGAUUAUCUACUUCAUUUUGGGGCUUUUCACCACAGUAAUUUUUGCAAUGCUGCCCUUUUGGUCCAGAAUACCCCAGUGGGUGAGAGAGGCAGACAGGUUAUCAGAAUUGAGGGAAGAACGAGAGAAUCAGAGGAGCGACUUGUUCACAUCGUGCCCCCCCACAGAGACAAAAAACAGUAAGGAGCGUUAUCCAGAGGAGACCAUCGAGUCACGACCACCUCUGUGGUUCAGCCUGACUCUGGGCUUUACUAUAUUUUGGAUGCCUUAUCUCGCUGUGUCUGUGGCUUGUCUGGUCUUUGGCUACGGAGUACCUGCCUACAUCACUGUCAACCUUCUGUGGUUGGAGUGCACCAACAGUUUACUGGUGGGUGUGGUGUUCUGGAUAAAGGGCAGAUCACUGGGGCCAUACAGCCAUCUACCAGAAAAUGUAUGCUUAUGGCGCAUUUACUGGUAUUUGAGCAAAGGAACACAGCAGCAGCAGCUCCCUGUGGCUGUGUUUAACCCUUCAAAAGACAAGAGAAACACCCUUCUCUAUGUGUGAUAUAAAGAAGCUCACACCACAGACUUCAUGAGAAUGAGCCAGCCUUUGUAGACAGUUCACCUAUGUGAAUGCUGUGACUGUCAAACAGCUCGGACACAGACAUGCUGCAUCUCUAGCGUCUAGCACAAGUUCCCUGGAGCAAAGACUUAGAAAAAGACUUGCAAAAAUGUUGCAGUUGACGAGAGAUUUUGACUGGACUUCUGAAUAUAAUUCUUUGAAGAGCUGAGCAGCAAAGUAUUGUGUAUUGUGUCUUUACAGAAAUUAUCAGGAAUUUUAUAUUUUCUAGAUUCCUUUGUAAAUGUUUGUCAUAUCUAUAUACAAUUCCUUUUGAUAAUCCUAAACAGAUGUAGCUUUCAAAAGGCUUUUUUUUUAAAUAAAAAAUUGUUCACAUGGCAAAUUUCUAUGUCUACUGUUUUCUUAAUGCUCUUCUCAUUAGAUUUAAGUGGGUGGGCCACAGUUUGGAAAAGAUUACAACAGGUAUGCCAAUCGAAAUCUGAUGACAAAAAGUUAUUUGCUCAAGUUGCAUGAGUAAACCACACCCACACAGUCCCGAUAAAGCUUUUCUAAGAACUUUAACUUUGCAUAUUUCCCUCUCCUAGUAAUGACUAUUCAAUGGUACAUACAAAAGCUUUUCCAGUUAGGAGUUUUAAAAGAACUGUCAAUAUGCAAGUGAUAGCAAGUCCCAGUCCUGUGCUUCAGGGUUUUGUUGUGGGCUGACUAACUGGACCACAGACUACCUUUAAAGGGAAACUUAAUCCACAAGGGACACACCAGAACCAAGAAGUCCCAUAAAUCGUCACAAAGCCUGUGUCACUCACAGAAAACACCAAGUGUUCAAUGAAGGUAGCUUACUUUAGGCAACACUAAAUGUAUCCUACUUGACACAAGUUAUUGAUCACUACUGUGUUUUUAAAUGCACAAGGUAAAAAGGGUAAAACAUUUCCAAUGCAGAGGCUUGGUUAUUAUACCUCAAUAAGUCUCUCUUUUUCCACUGUGAGCACUAUGACACCCAAGAGGAAGACAAUCACUAAACAAGCAAAGAAAUCAAGGUAAAAUCACAGAGGAGGAGGUGAACCUGAAAAAUAUUGCUG